AUGACAGUGGAAACGAAGCCUGGCCUGCGAGAAGAAAAUGGACUCCGAGUGGAAAAUGGCAGUGAGGAAGCAAUCGUGAAACCUCCGCCAAUGAAAAGAGGGUUCAAGUUCUGGACCAUUAUCUUUACACUCUGUAUAACGGGUCUGUUGGGAGCACUGGAGAACACGGUGGUUUCGACUUCAAUGCCAACAAUUGUGGAGGAGCUGGGCAUCGGCGACAACUAUAUCUGGAUCACGAAUGCCUUCUUCCUCACCAGUGCAGCGGUUCAGCCCCUGUUUGGCCAGCUAGCCAAUGUCUUCGGUCGCCGAUGGCUAACGAUGUUUAUCGUCGCCAUCUUCACCUUGGGAAGCGGCAUCUGCGGUGGCGCAACGGGCGCGAAUAUGCUCAUCGUCGGGCGUGCGGUUCAAGGUAUUGGAAGCGGUGGCAUUAACAUGAUCGUCGAUGUGAUCGUCUCGGAUCUCGUUCCCUUGCGUGAGCGCGGAAAUUUUAUCGCCAUCGUGCUCACCGUAUACUCGAUUGGCAGCUCGAUGGGCCCCUUUGUAGGUGGAAUCAUUGUUCAACGGACCACUUGGAGAUGGGUCUUCUACAUUAACCUACCUGUUGGCGGGUUUGCGCUGGUCCUUCUGUUCCUGUUUCUACACACGAACUAUCAGAGCAACACCACCUUUUCCCAGAAGAUCAAGCGUAUCGACUAUAUCGGCAAUAUCCUCAUCAUGGGAGCGACGGCAGCGGUCCUCUGCGCAUUGACAUACGGGGGUUCACGCUUUCCAUGGGGCUCAUGGCGGAUCGUGGUGCCGUUGGUGCUGGGCCUGGUUGGGCUGGUUAUAUUUAUGGUCUUUGAACAAUCCAAGUUCUGUCCCGAGCCCGUGGUGCCACCGCGCCUAUUCAAAAAUCGAACCUCCCUCGUGGUCUUCAUCAACACAUACUUGUUCACGGUUCUUCUCUACUGGGUGCUGUUCUUCAUCCCAGUUUACUUCCAAGCCAUUUUGGGCUCUUCGCCAGCCCGAGCAGGCGUUCAAAUGCUGCCCAUUACCCUCGUUGCGAUUCCCGGCGCCGUGAUUGCGGUCAUCAUCCUCUCGAAGUUUGGAAAGUACAAAGCCCUUCACCUGGUCGGUUUUAUCAUCCUCACAUUGGGUAUGGGCCUGUUUGCCCACCUCGACCGCUACUCCUCCGAUGGGGAGUGGAUUGUUUUUCAAAUCAUUGCCGCGCUCGGAUCUGGAAUGAUCCUGAACACCUUGCUCCCUGCCUUCCAGGCCCCACUGGCAGAGUCGGAUCAGGCGGCUGCCACGGCAAGCUGGGCAUUUAUGCGGAGCUUCGGUAAUAUAUGGGGCGUUGCUAUCCCCGCUAGCAUCUUCAACAAUCAGUUUAACAAAUACGCUUAUCGGAUUUCCGAUGCUACUGUGCGGCAAACACUCUCCAACGGUCACGCCUACCAGCACGCGUCCAAUACCUUCAUAAACAACCUUAGUGACCCGGUGAAGAGCGAAGUGAUCGGGGUAUUUUCUGACUCCCUUAAGCUUGUCUGGUUGGUAUCGAUUGCUUUCUGCGGUCUUGCUUGUAUACUGGUGUUUUUUGAAAAAGAGGUGCCUUUGCGACAGGAGCUUGAGACAGAGUAUGGCAUGACGGAGAACGACCUCACUCAGACAAAGAAGGGGGAUACCCCCGAUGCUGAAAAAGCAGGCUCAGACACCCCGCAAACUUGA